CGAACGCGUUACUGUCGUGUGUGUUUCGUAGACGUAUUUUCGCGUGUUCGUGUGCGUGUGUGAAAGUGUCAGUCUGUGGAUAAAAUGUUAAGAUUGUUGGAGAUUUUCAUUAUUCAUGUGUUGGUCCACUCUGUCACCAGUCCUGACCCAGAUUUUCCAUCAGGGCAGCUGAGAGGUAUAUCCCUGACGGGGGCCAUCAGGGUGCCAGGCCCCGACGACCCGGUAGACCCCAACAUCAGUUUUGACGAGGAGGGCCCCGACAAGUUCCCCGCCUUCGGACUCCUCCCGGGGGCCAAUGUCUCCACUUCCUACUCCUCGUACCUCCCGGACACCAUGACCGCCCCCCUGGCAGUCACCGCCACGGCCAGGAUCCGCGGUGGAGGCGGUGGUUACCUCUUCGCCGUUGUCGACCCGAGCAAUCAGGUUGUACAGUUCAGUCUGCAGGUCACUCCCAGAGACCAGAACACGUCAGAGAUCGCUCUCUACCUGGGCGACUCCUCGGGUCCCCUGGCCAGCUUCGCGGUUCCCUCGGACUUCGCCGUGUGGACCAGGGUAGGCCUGGCGGUUACAGACACCUCCGUCUCGUUGUUCUUCAACUGCCAGCUGUCCGCGACGGUACCAGUACCACGGCCUCCACAAGUGACGUUCGUCCCGGGGUCUACCCUGUACGUCGGCCAGGCGGGUCCAGCACUCGGCGGCCAUCUAGAUGUGGUGAUUCAAGAACUUACAGUGUCUCAGUCUACAGAUCUGGCGGAGAAACAGUGCAAACCUUUGGACGUCACCAGCUUUGAUAAGGGUUUCGGCGAAGGUUCAGGAGACGACAUCCCUCCUGAUGAAAUAGACGUUACACCUGAAGAUCCAAAUGGAGACCAAGGGUUGCCAUGGGAAGGGAGUGGGACGCCUCCUCUUCUACCCCCGCCACCACCAGGAUUCACCGGAAUGAAGGGGCAAAAGGGAGAAAGAGGAGAGCCUGGACCUCCUGGCGAAUCAAUAGAAGGUCCUCCAGGUCCACCGGGACCUCCCUACAAUCCUAGAGGAACAUCAGGACUUCCUGAGUUUGGUUCAGGUGAUGAUGGGUUCCUGCCCGCUGGAGGAGUAGUUGGGCCUCCAGGACCUCCUGGGGAGUGUUCCUGUAACAUUACGGAAGUCCUGAAGAACUUCAACCUUCCAGAGCCUGUACAAGGACCUCCAGGGACUGACGGGAAGACGGGCGCACCUGGAAUGCCGGGAUUGUCGGGUCCGGUGGGCGAGAGAGGAUUGCCAGGACCCAAAGGAGAAAAGGGAGACCGAGGAGAUGAAGGUCCUAGAGGUCCUGAGGGAAUCCAAGGACCAAAAGGAGACCAAGGCCUACAAGGACUCCCGGGAACUCCUGGCAGCCCAGGUCCUCCAGGACCUCCUGGCAGAGCAGAGGGAACCUACAAUAUGGACCCGAGUUGGAAGCCACGCUCCUUGUUUAAGGAGGUGAUCACAGGAGCCGGCCUAGACUCAGGCAGACCAGGCAGUCCUGGACCUAAGGGAGAACCAGGGAUAGAUGGAGUCCCAGGUGUCCCUGGAGAGAGGGGACUCCCAGGAAGCAAAGGGGACCGAGGACCUGCAGGUGCCAAGGGCAACAAAGGUGACAAGGGACAUGCAGGGUCCCAAGGCACUAGAGGGCAGAAGGGAGAACCUGGGAAAAAUGGGAAAGAUGGACUUCCAGGAGUGUCAGGGGAAAACGGGAGACCUGGGGGAAAAGGAGAGAAAGGUGACUUAGGUCCUGCUGGACCCCCAGGCCCUCCUGGUAUAAUACAGCCUGGAGAUGGAAAAGUGGCGACAACUGCUAUGGGUGCUGGUCAGAAGGGAGACUCAGGAACUAAGGGGGACAAGGGAGAAAAGGGAGCCAAAGGUGACAAGGGAGACCAAGGACCCGUGGGACCCUCAGGCAUUCCUGGAACACCAGGUUCUCAGGGAGUAGCAGGGGAGAAGGGAGAUAUGGGAGAGGAAGGAAGUCCCGGACCCUCAGGACCUCCUGGUCUGAAAGGGGAACCCGGAGAGAGAGGACCUCCAGGUCUGUUGGCACCAGGAACAUUUGCUCCCAUCAAGGGAGACAAGGGGGACCCGGGCAAACGAGGAAGAAGAGGCCGGCCUGGACCCCCAGGACUGGCGGGAGCCCCUGGAAAACCGGGACCUAAGGGCGAGAUGGGUCUUCCUGGAUUUAUGGGACUUCCCGGAAGACCUGGAGUGCCUGGAGAGAUUCAUCCCGGAUGUAAGGGAGAGAAGGGAGAACCUGGACAACUGCUUGAUGUCUAUGGAAACUCGGUGACUCUGAAGGGAGACAAAGGAGAGCCUGGGAGAGACGGAGCAGCUGGUCCCCCGGGUCCUCCGGGUCCAGCACUGGGUCCCGGGUCACACUACGUACCCAUACCCGGACCACCCGGCCCUCCAGGCCCUCCUGGGAUGCCGGGAGUCUCAGUUCAAGGAGAGAAAGGAGAACCAGGAGAAUCAGGAAGAAGUUUUGGGGAUUCCACCGGAACACAAGGUCCGACUUCCUAUCCGUCUCCAACAUUGGGCACAAUCACUGGAUCGGUGACCUUCAAAAACCUUGAGGAAAUGGCACGUAAAGCAAACGUUAGUCCAGUUGGGACCCUCGCUUAUAUAUUAGAAGAAGAAGCUCUACUGAUAAGAGUCAACAGAGGUUGGCAGUAUGUGUUGAUGGGCCAGGUGAUUCCAGUCAAUGCUGAUUUCCCAACCCCCGUCACAACUACAACCACUGAGAAAUCUCAUCCUCCGUUUGAGGCCUCCAACUUGUUAAACAAUGUUCCAACUCAGUUGGACGGACCCGUGCUGCGCAUGGCUGCACUCAACGAGCCCUACACCGGAGGCAUGAACGGACAGCGGGGAGCCGAUUAUUCCUGCUACAGACAGGCGAGACGUGCAGGUCUGCGCGGGACGUUCCGGGCAUUCCUGUCAUCCAGGAUACAGAACCUGGACUCUAUCGUUCGAUUUACAGAUUGGGACCUGCCUGUUGUCAAUAUUAAGGGAGAUGUAUUGUUCAACUCCUGGAAGAGUAUCUUCACUGGUGACGGAGGCUUCUUCGCACAGCCUCCAAGGAUAUACUCCUUCAGUGGGAAAAACAUUUUAGCAGACCCUUCAUGGUCUAAGAAGUACGUGUGGCACGGCUCCCUAGUGUCAGGAGAGAGAGCCAUGGAGCUGUACUGUGAUGCGUGGGACUCGGGCAGUUCUGAGAGGUUAGGUUUGGCCUCUCCAUUGCUGCCUUCGUCUCAACUCCUGGGCCAGGAACGAUUUACCUGCGACCACUCGUUUGCUGUGCUCUGCAUAGAAGUCACAAGUCAUUCAGGUCGAAGAAGAAGAAGUUUAGACGAUGCAGAACUGAGUGAAAGGGAGUACCUAAGGCUUCUUAGUGAACUGACUCUAGCGAACAAUUUAUAGUGAUGAAUCAGACUCGCUUAGUACAAGUGAUGUGUAAAUUUGCAUAUAUGAACAACGAAUGGACCCAGUUUUCAGGGUUUUCACCAAAGUAGGUAAGGAGUUAGAUGAAUUGUUAACAUUUUAUUAUGCCAGUGGUUGGUUUAAAAAAGAUGGAUCUUUUUGUCAUUAUAGACUUGUUAAAGUUUGCAAAUAGUUAUUGAAUGUUCAGCGUAUGUUUGUGAUUGUAGAGUUUUUAUCCAUCCGACAGGUAAAUUGUAUAUUUAGAGUGGUAUUUUUAUUCAUUAAAAUACUACUAUUUCGUUUAAUACUAAAUACAAAACGUUACUGUUAACACGUUCGCUGCGGGCCACUCGCCGGUGAGUGCUCUAGUUCCUUUCUGCCACGCUGAACGCUCACCGUUGAGUGCCAGCAUCGCCUUUAUUCCAUUCAAUUUCUGUGCAGCAGCACACUGGAAAGAACGGGUAUUUUUAUGUCUUUGCUCGGAAUGGGUGCUUUAUUGUGGUGUAGGUUGGUUGUAAAUUUCCCCGUAAAAUCCCCUCCUGCCAAGCUUAGAAAUCAACUUGUUGUUCCGUACUUCUCCCUUCAAUUAGCAAUACAAUGAGACCGGCUAGUUCCAGGCAGUGCUGCUAUCUGUGAGUGUUUUAGCAAACCGUGUCAACUCUCGUUGUAGCACAGCACAUCACCCCAUGUCAUUUACUAUUCGUCAGACCGAAAUAUUUGAAAGCCAACUAUUUUGGCGGGCCGCAGCAAACGUGUUAAAAGUAGAAAUAUGAGUUUUUUUUUUAUUUUUGGUAUUUUAGUUAUUUUUUACUUGAAUAUUUUUUUAAUCAUCCGGAUUUGUUUGUAGACCAAAUAAAAACUUGCCGUGAUCAUUUCACAGGCAAGUUAGUAAACUUUUUCAAAUCAACCACUCAAUGUGCUACGGAAGAUAUACCUUUCUAUUUGAAUGUAAAAUUUAAAACAAUAUGUUUGUAUAUAACUAUACAUCCCUGUUGAUAUACCUUUCUUUAUUUAUCAAACAGAGAAUCAAAAACAAAAUUCAGAUUAAAACAUAUCCUUUGUAUUUGGUAAGGAAACCAUAUCAAUUGCCAUAUCGAUGAUCAAAUCAAGAUACGUUAUUAUCAAAUAAAGUUUGUUAUAUUAUUCAUUUUCUUGGAGACGUCAAACUGUACUAUUUUAAUUACCACUUUAGACAUACCUUACGUAAUGAUAUUUUUACUAAUAUUUUUAUUUUUAUAUAUUGUAGAUAGCUUUUAUAUUAUAACCAAACUUAAAUAAUUAGCAUAAGUUACUUUUAAAAUAAUUAAACACAAGUUUUGUUUAGUUUGCAUUAAGAAACAUCAAACAAACUUAAUUUAUUAAAAUAUUUUUAGUGAUACCAAGACAAUUUUUGAAUUUUAGCUUACAACCGUUUUAUUUAGGUGUUAUAACUACCAGUGUGCAAGGGAACGUCAAUCUUUACAAUGUACUGUUUUAAUAAACCUCUUAAAAAUGUAACAUCAAACACACUUGUGGUUUUAUUGCUAGAAAAAGUAUUUGGUCUUUGAUUAACAAUAUUUUGUGCACUCAAUAUUACAAUGAAAUGUAUUGCAACUACACCUACAUUGGCACAUUAUUAAAUAAAAAUGCUUUACUAAAAAUAGUAAAAAUUAAGGAUAUUUUGUCAGUCAUUCUAAAAAUAAAAUAUUCUUUUAUUCAUUUUUUAAACAACACAAGUUUGAUUGAAUACAACUUUUAUCCCUCGAAUUAUGUUUAACUGUCCAAUUUUAUCAACCAACAUUUUACUUAACAAUAACAAUACAAAAUGUGUUUGGAAAGUAAGAACAAAGGAUUGUAAUAUUGUGUAAGCCAUACACAGCCCCCUACUAUUUUUCAAUAUCUUUCAAAACUUCAGUAAAUAUUACUCUGAAUUUUCCCUCAUUUUGGAACCUUAUGUGAUUUUUAAAGAAAUUUCUUUCAUGUUAAAACGUUAAUCCAAAAUAUUUCAUUUGCUCAAUUGGGGAUCUUGAAACAUGACGAUAUAUGUUUUGCUAAUUGUUCAUUUGUAUUUUUACCUCUAUCUCAGUUUAACUAUCAUGUAUGCCAAUUUUUCUAGCCAUGUCGAUUUACUAAUCUACUAUAAUCUAUAAUCCCACCUCCUUAUUAGUUACCGUAACAUUAGUAUGUUUGGUUGCGAGUCUCCAGUGUACAGCUUUAUUUGUAGACUGUUAUUAUAUGAUGCUUUAGCAUUAGACCCAUUGACACGGGAAUUAUUUAUGGUUUAUCUACUGAUGUACUAUGUUACUACGUUAUGUCAUAUGCAUUUCAACUUAGUAUGUCAACAUCUAACCAAAACAAAACCUAAAAAAUAAAAAUUUGUGUCCUCUGCCUCCAAAAAGAAGCCACCAUUGAAUUAACCAAUGCUGUCGGCUUAUUUAAGGUGGGCCUUCCUGCCAGCUAAGCGACAUAUUAUUAGGCUUAAGAAGUAUUUUACAAGUAUGGGGAUCGAACCUAUGCUUGUAGGAAGACUUGAAAGCUUCACUCGCCACCAGUUUAACAAGUAUGUUUAUAUACAGUAGAGAGGGCCAAAUCUGUGAUACGAGAUGAGUUUAUCAUUGCACCAGCAACCAUGUCAAAUGGAAUUUACUGAUUUUGUUAUACACUUAUCAUGUUGCUUGUCAAUUAAAUGUAGAUUAAGCAAUAAAUUAAUAAAAAAAAUCUAAUUUAACCUCCUUUUGUCUUUUUAAACUUUUAGAAAUAAAAAUAGUUUACUGGAAAACACAAUGGGAAAACCUCUAAGGUUAUUAAAAUUUUGUUUAAAUCAUUCGAUUUUAUGUUAAGUAUAAAACUACAUUUAGUCAUAAUUUAUUAAAUUAAACGUAAGUGCUUUAAACUAGAUGUAAAUAUGUAAUUUUAUUCAAAGCUAAGAUGGUUCAAUCAGUUUGUUGGCGGGGAGACUUAAUACAUUUUUAGGCACAAAAGUUUCACAAAGUAAUAUUUUGAGAAACAACUUUUAAAAGAAUACAAUAUUUAAUUUUAAAUAUACAAGAAAUUUCUCAUAAAUCAAAUCUUAAUGGGAUUUUUUAAUGAAAGUCAUAUUAUUUUGGACCAUUUUCAACCAACAGUACUUAUAGUAUAAAAUGUACUUGAAUGUAAAAAUCAUAGUAUUUUAAUUUAUAAGUUACCGGGCCAUAAAAUGUCAGUGUUGGGUAAAAUAGUGUAUGUGAUUUCAACAGGAAUGAUAAUAACAAGCAAAGUUCCCUAUCCAAUGUAUUGUACAGAAAUCAUAUUUUGCUUGUUAUUAUUGUUUAUCAUUCUCAUUGUUGGUGUUAAUGUUAACUUUUAAAUAAGGUCUUGUAUAUAGUAGAGUUCAUUUAUGGCGAUGUAACAUUUGUUUUACUAAUCAAUUUAGUUGAAGCUUUUGUACAUAAA